AUGCAAUCUAUCGAGGAGCUCGCAAGGUUUGGGUCCCUUGUCAGAUCAUGCGGCAAUUCCAAGGACCUCGACCGAGGACGAUGUGUUCACGCACAGAUCACUGCUAGCGAGCACAGAUCAAACAGAUACCUCGGAAAUCUUUUGGUAGACAUGUAUGGACGGUGUGGGCAGCUCGAGCAAGCAUGGCUGGUGUUUCACCAACUUUACAAGGCCAACGUUUUCUCCUGGAACAUCAUGAUGUCUGCACUUGCCCAGAAUGGUCAUUUGGGAAAAGCGAGGUCUAUGUUUGAUUCGAUGCCUCAAAGAGAUCUCGUUUCUUGGAAUACUAUUAUAGCCGCGUAUGCCGACAUUGGAAACUUUGAUCAAGCAAGUAUGUUGUUUCAAGCCAUGCCGGAGAGGGAUGUUGUAUCGUGGACUGCCAUGGUUUUAGCAUAUGCCAAAGGUGAGGAUCUGGAAAACGCAAAACUUCUGUUUGAUUCAAUGCCUGUUCGGAAUGAAAUAACAUACAACGCCAUGCUGCAAGGCUACACACUAAACAAAGAGCUUUCAAAGGCAAGGGACACUUUUGAGAAAAUGCCCGAGCAUGGUACCGUCGCAUGGAAUGCCAUUAUUACAGCAAAUGCCGCAAGUGGGCAUUUCGACAUUGCGAAGCAGAUCUUUAGUGAGAUGCCAGAGCAGGAUCUAAUAGCCUGGAACAGCAUGCUUGCGGCACAUUCGCAAGAUGGCGAUGGCGACAAGAGGCUGAAUGAAGCGAUUGAGUUUUUCGAAGUGAUGCCAGAGAGGGACGAGGUGUCUUUCACUACAAUGCUAGUAAUUCUGUUGAGGAGCAGCAAGCUAGAUGAUGCCAAGGCGCUGUUUGAUCGAAUGCCCGUGUGGAAUGGCAUUGCUUGCAAUGCAAUGGUUGAAGGCUUCGCGAAGAACAACCACCUUGGAGCUGCCAUGGUGCUGUUUGACAGCAUGCCCGCGAGAGAUAUAGUGACGUGGACGUCCUUGGUGGCAGGAUACUGCGACCACGGACACGUGGAACAAGCCCGAGACAUCUUUGACUCCAUGCCCGUCCGUGACCAAGUGACGUGGACUACCAUGCUGGCGGCAUAUGCCCAAGUCGGGCAUGUAGAGGAAGCGAGGAGUUUAUUUGUACAAAUGCCGUGUCAAAGUCUGGCAGCGUGUAACGCUAUGAACUUCGCUUACAUCCAAGCGGGAUUCUUAGACGUUUCAAGGAAAGUUUUUGAUAGCAUGCACGUAAAAGACAGCAUUUCAUGGUCAUCCAUGAUAACUGCGUAUUCUCGAAGCGGGCAUCACACUGAGGCCAGGAAGCUCUUUCGAAUGAUGCCGGAGCGCACGGUGGUGGCAUGGAACAUGAUGCUGCAGGUCUACACGCGACGAGAGGAUUCCAGUCGGCCGCAGGAGCAGCAGCGACGCAGGGAGCGGAGUUUGAAGCGCGUGAGGUGUGUUCUUGAGCUCUUCCAGUUGAUGAAGCUGGACGGUUGGGAUCCCAACGAGAUCACACUGCUCAGUCUCAUCUCGGCCUUGGGACACGAGGGAUUCUUCGGUUUGGCAUGGCGGCACUUCGUGUUCAUGGACCUGGAUUACGGCUUGGAUCCCCGAGCCAGCCAUUUCCGCUGCAUUGUCGAUCUUCUUGCUCGAGCUGGGCAGCUUGACGAGGCUAAAGGGCUGAUCGAGAGCAUGCCAUACGUUCCAGAGCUCAAGAAUUGGGCCACUCUCCUCUCUGCGUGUGAUAUCCAUGGUGACACGCAGCAGGGAGCGGCCGCUGCAAGGAAUGCCGUCGGAGUCGAUGAGCAAAACCGGUUGCCAUACAUUCUCCUGUCAAAUGCCUUGAAAAGAGUAUGUCAACUAUGA